CAGUUGAGCUGGACCGUGAAGGGGGCGUGCCGUGCCGAGCGGGUUUUUAGUUAUGGUGGUCGUCACGUUUUUAAAUGAAGUUUAAAAGCACGUAGGCAAAACCUGUACUUGUUCAAACUAUAGCAGAACAAACGUCUGCCGUUUGGGAAACAAACCACGGGUUUCAAUGAAUUGCACCAGGGUUCUGCAGAUACUGAACCCCAGGCCAAUGCCAAGUCCAAUUAUGCCUGUGGAUGUGGCAAUGAGAAUCUGUCUGGCACACUCACCGCCUCUUCGCAGUUUCCUCAGUUCAUAUGAGGACUGCAAGUCCAGGUACUUAGUCAACCAGUACAAACCUCUGCGAUCCUGCAUCAGCUCAAAGACCGACGUGAACACUGCCAACCUUGGAUGGAAGAGUCCCGAGACCAAAGCUAAAAAGAAAGUGGUUUUUGCUGACUCCAAAGGCAUGUCUCUGACAGCAGUUCAUGUGUUUAAGGAAUUUGAGGAAGACCCCAUGUUAGACCUGCAGUUUGAAUUAUCAGACCUGGAGGAUGUCAUUGUGGGCCUAAAGGCUGAGGAGAAGAAUUUGAUUUUGGACUUUCCUCAGCCUGCCGCAGACUAUUUGGACUUCCGAAACAGUCUAAAGAAGAACCUGGUAUGCUUGGAAAACUGUAUAAUUCAAGAGAGAUCACUCACUGGCACGGUCAAAGUGAUCAAUGUAAGCUUUGAGAAGGUCGUCCAUGUGCGAAUAACAUUUGAUUCAUGGAAAAGCUAUGCUGAAAUUCCUUGUACGUACAUGAAUAAUGUUUAUGGCUGCGAAGAUGUUGACACCUUCUCGUUUUCCAUCGACCUUCCAAGUUCUGUGGCCUUACAUGAGCAGGUGGAGUUCUGCAUAUCCUACAAAACGCAUGAUACGACAUACUGGGACAAUAACAACGGGGAAAAUUACAAGCUGGUACAUACAGAGAAUGACCCCAGUCAGGCCAAUGUCACCCAAACGACGACAACAGAUUUUAAGAAUAAAGGCAAACGGCCAGAGAUGGAGUUUGAUCAGUUCGGGAGCCCAAGAACAUCUAGUGGAUUCUUCCCCGAGUGGCAGAGCUGGGGUCAUAUUGAGAACACUACCCCCUACUGGUGACAGUUCAAGACCCUCUGAAGAAUUUGAAGUAAAUCUUGUAACAAGGGCAAAUGCAAAUGGAGCGCUUAGUUCGUUUCAAAAUUGACGAAAAGUCUCAUGAAAGUAGCAUUUAGCAAUAACACCCUCAAAAGAAAGCUCUUUUUGGCCAUGUUUGUCCAAAUUAUUUUAUUGUUGGUGUAUGUUUUUGAGAUACACGUUUAGCUUAAAAUUAGAUGUUUGGGCUCUGAAAUUAUGCAAAUUUGAGACUAACCAUGUUAAACAUAUGACAGUUACUCAGAAUGAAAAAUGUUGGUUUAUGUUAUUUGUCUAAAUUUGUACCACACUAUGUACACUAUUCUGUAGAUCUGACAUGAGGUAAACCAAUAAUUUUCAUAACAUAGAUGCCUUCCUUUGUGUUUUUCUGUGAUUAACUGUAAUACAAUGGCAUAGUUUCAGAUAUCUUUACAAAUGUCUUUGUAUAAAGUAAACAAACUUACUCUGAAAUAGAUUCUUAAAAACACUAUUUUGUUACCUUGAAGAGCAAUCAUUUUAUUGUUACCCAUCUGAAAUCACUGAAUUUUGGGGAUCCUGCUUCUGAAAUGUAACUGGACAUAAAUAUGUAAUUUAAGUCAUCCUUUAAAGGAUGGAAGUUCUGUCAUUUACUCAACUUCAUUUCAUUCCAAACCUGUAUACAUUUCUUUAUUCUAACACAAAAGGAGAUCAAAUAUAAUGAUAUAUAAAGAAAGUAAAUGCCGUAGAAUAUCGUUUUGGACCCCAGUGACUCACUUUGUCAUUAUAUGGAUAAAAACAUUCUUAUAGGAAAUAUCUUCCUUAAUGUUCCACCGAAGGAAGAAAGUUGUAAAGGUUUAAACGACAUAAGUGCGAGUAAAUGAUGACAGAAUUUUCAAUUUUGGGUGAACUGUCCCUUCAAGAGCAGCACUGCAUAAAACAUGUUAUUCUCAUAUUAUGGAAGUGGAAUAAUCUGGUACAAUAUGAGAUUGCUUCAUAUUGAAGUUCUCAAAUGUGAGAAAUGUGUAUCUCAUUUGAUAGUACCAGUUUAUCGGUCACUUUUUAGUGAAUGCACUUGGCAUGAUGCAUUAUAAGGGAGUCCAUGAGAGAUAAUGAUGCCCAUUAAGUGCUAAAUCCCUGCUGUUGCACUUCCAAUUUUUCCUAUGUCUCUUGAUGUAUUUUACACUUCUUUCCUACAACAUUUUUGCUGCUAUGGUUUUUGUGCGUGCCUGUGUGAGCUGCAUUGUGAUUUAUGACCCGUGUUGUGUGGAAAUUCUCCAGUGUUAUUUGGAGAAAAGAAGAUGAGGGACUUUUGGAUAUAACUUUAAAGAGGUCGUAGUAUGUGAGGAAGAGUGGUUAAAGAGAAUGCUAAUACUGAAUGAGAUUGUUGCCUUUUUCAUGAUUAUGUCCCCCCUUUCACUGAAAUAGAAAAUUCGGUUGAGGUUGACGCCUUGAACAAAGGUGAUGGUGGACUGUAAUGAACUGUAAGCUGCUGUAAUUGCGGAGAGGGAUCAUGUAGGUUGAAUGUAAAAAGGGGCCUACACAAGCCACAGUGUAUGCCUACAUAUUUUUCUACUGCAAAGAAAGAUGUUUGUUUGAAAGAAUGUUGUACUAUACUCUGUGUUUCUCUUAGAAAUAAAGCCUAUGUUUCUAUGAUGAAUGAA